GACAGGCUUUAUGAGAUGCUGCAGAUAACGAGGUGCCAGAGAAAGAGUUGGAGAAAAAGAGAGAGAGAGAGAGUUUAUAUCGGUGUGUUUGACAGAGAGACAGGCAGGUGGGAUGUUGUCGGACCGCUGACUCCACUUUCACCACCUUUGGUUUGUUUAACGGCGGGGGGAGUAGGAUCGGAGCGGCGACACGGAGCCCGGAGCAGAAAUCGCACAGCGACGCACCGACGCCUGUGAGAGGAGAGCGGACCAUGGGCUCCGCUUCGUCCUCCUACCGGGUCAUUUACCUGGACGUGGACGGCAGGAUCCAGAAGGUUGUGUUCAGUAGAUUCUGCAGCCUGUGUGACAUUAAGGAGCUGUUCUGUACAGCCCUGGGUGUGCCAAGGAACACUAAUUUGUCCCUGCUGGAUUCGUCCGGAGCCAUGGUGUCCAUCGAUCCCACCAUGCCACACAACACAGAGAGGUUACCGUACCGAGUGGUGCCUUUGACUGGAGGACAGCUUGCUGAUAAAGAGGAACUCUUUCAGAAUGUACUGACGCAAGUAGCGGAGCAGUUCUCAAGGGCGUUCAAGAUCAACGAGCUGAAGACCGAGGUCACCAACCGUCUGGCCAUGUUGGAGAAGAGAGUAGAGCUGGAGGGGAUGAAGGUGGUGGAGAUUGAGAAAUGUCGCAAGGACAUCAAGAAGCUCCGUGAGGAGAUGGCAACCAGAGACAACAGUAACUUCCUGGAAGACAAUAAGAAGCUGACUCCUCGCAGAGACGUGCCCUCCUACCCAAAGUACCAUCUGUCUAAGGAGACAGUAGAAGCACUUAGAUUGCCUACAUUCGAUGCUUGGCAGUGGGAGCCUAAUGAGAUGCUCAGCUGUCUGGAACAUAUGUACCAUGACCUGGGCCUGGUCAGAGACUUCAACAUCAACCCUAUCACGCUCAAGAGAUGGCUGCUUUGUAUUCAUGACAACUACAAGAAUAACCCCUUCCACAACUUCCGCCACUGUUUCUGUGUCACCCAGAUGAUGUACAGCAUGAUCUGCCUCUGCAGCCUACAGGAGAAGUUCACUCAGGUCGACGUUUUGAUUCUUAUGACAGCUGCUGUGUGUCAUGAUCUUGAUCACCCCGGGUUUAACAACACGUACCAGGUCAAUGCCAGAACAGAUAUGGCAGUUCGCUACAAUGACAUUUCCCCUCUGGAGAACCACCACUGUGCUGUGGCCUUCCAGAUCUUCUCUCAGCCCGACUGCAACAUCUUCUACACCUUUGACCCUGAGGCCUUCAAACAGAUACGGCAGGGGACUAUCACACUGAUCCUGGCUACAGACAUGGCACGACACGGUGAGAUCCUGGACUCCUUCAAGCAGAAAGUCAACAACUUUGACUACACAGAUGAGGAGCACGCCACCUGUCUGAAGAUGGUGCUCAUCAAGUGCUGCGACAUCUCCAACGAGGUGCGGCCCAUGGAGGUGGCUGAGCCCUGGGUCGACUGCCUGCUGGAGGAGUACUUCAUGCAGAGCGACAGGGAGAAGGCUGAAGGGCUUCCUGUGGCUCCGUUCAUGGACAGAGAAAAGGUCACCAAGCCGACGGCUCAGAUUGGCUUCAUCAAGUUUGUCCUCAUCCCCAUGUUUGAGACUGUGAUGAAGCUGUUUCCACAGAUUGAGGAGGCGAUGGUGCAGCCACUCAGAGAGUCAAGAGACCGAUACGAAGAACUCAAACAGAUUGAUGACGCCAUGAAUGAGGUGCAGAAAAUGAAAAGUGAGAACUUGACCAUGGGAGGGAAGAAGAAGUAAGAGGUUUUGAAAAGGUAGGAAAGAACAGAAGUUGCUGAAGUGUUUGCUGUAAGUGUGUGGUCAGGUUUCUUUAUAAAUCCAAUGUGUGUGUCUCAGCACCAGUGAGCGUAGAGCACCAGAGUGAAGCAGUGUGACGUAAAGUGGAGUGGAGUUGUCAGACACGUUGGUUCGUUAUGGGCUGCAAAGCUCUCCUCACUUCCUGUUGAAGAGCAGAGGAGCAGAUGUGAUCUGUCCAGUCGCUCACACAUGUGAUGGAGGGAUCUGAGGCAGCGUUACAAACUACUGAUGGACUCGAGGACCGGACUGACAAUCCAAAGCUUUUUUCAGGAAAUGUCAACAUUUGUACAGCACAGAAUACUUCAGUGAACAAUAUUUAGAUACAUAUCUUGCAUUGUUUUUUAUUUGAAAUGUUUUUUUUUUUACAGAUUGUACAGAUUUUUUGUGACCUUUCUUCUUUCCUACAAAAAAUAAAAGGAUUACUUUAAUU